UUGAAGCAAAUUCUUUGAGGAUUACUCGCACGGUGGUUGAUAGUGAAUUAAUAAUAUUUGAUACAGGUAGUAUCAACAGAGUAUCUGAUCGAUGGAAUAAAAGGAUCCGGUGGUUGGAUCGGAUCGUCAGUUUAUUCCUUUAGUGCAAGAUGAGAGCUUGGUGCUGUUUUUGGUUAAUGCUGGUGGCGGUCAUUUUCGUCUCCUGCAAUAUUCACGUUCGUGCGAGGAACGUCAGGGCGCCACUGCAGAGACUGAGGUAUCCUGGUGCAGGUUAUGUUCGUACCAACUCAGCUGGCUGUAAAAUUGGACAAGUAAAGUCUUACGAGCAUCGAGACGUGAACGGAGAAUCGGAAAACGCUGAUUGGAAACUGGCGAGAAAGAAUUUACCGGGACGUGACAUUCAGGAUGAGACCAAGAUUCAGGACGUCGCAGAAGAGUCAGCUGGAUUGUCGGUGUACCAAGAGAACAAGGAAUAUCAAGUAAAGCCAAGAAAUCGAUGGAAAAUGAUGUACGCUACGAAAAAUGACAGCAUCAAGGCUGAUUAAAGGAAUUGUCAGUCCAAGUUAUCCCUGUAGUAUUUGUCAAUGUGAAUUUUAAUAAAAAUAGCUGGUAGUCCAUUAUACGUUUAUUGAUUGUUCAAUUUCAACUAAUAGCAGACAUCGUGACGUGACUCUUGUUCCAAAGGGUGGAUUGGAAAAUCUAGUUAAUGGGGUUGGUAAUACGACAAUAGCUAUUAGCUCGGCUAUUCUGACUUAAUGCCAUUAAUUAUUGUGACAUACUAAAAUAUUCUGAUAUCGAACGAUUCUCAGUGCAAUUAUCCGCAAUUGCGCGACGCUGCUGUAAUAACUGGCUAUGGCGAACACGCGAUGAAGAGAAUUCAUAAUGACUCAAGGUGCAUCUGCAGUUUGUCAAGUGAAUAAGGGCUUAGUCCACCGGCUUGAAACUUGACGAGUCAUGGAUAUUUUUGAGACUCGAAAUUUCAUUGUGAACAAACUUUUACUGGGAAUUCUUGGCGUCUAGCCGUAUUAAUCACCAUUUCGAAAUCCUUUUCAUGCAUUUCUUUUCUGCCUGUGCACGUCCACCGUGUCUUGGACGGCAGUUUUAUUGGUACGGAAUGACGAAAUGUCUUUUUUUUUUGUAAUUAUCAAAAUCAAACAUUUUUAGUAUUUACCUUUUUGUGUUUUCUCAAGGCACCAUAUCUUGUGUACGCGUGGGGCGAUUUGCCGCUAUUUACAGAAAUCCUAACGACAUUUGUAACAUUAUUAAUUAACAUUACGAAACUUACUAAUUCUGUCAUAAGGCAUGAUAAGGUUUGUGUAUACAAUAGUACUAUUUUUAUUGGCUACUAAUAUUAAUCACUGUUGUCCUCAUUGUUUCUCAAUCUGUAUAGAUGAGAGAUUUUCUUGAACAAAUUAAAACGGAUUACGACACUCCGCAAGACGAUUUCGAGGCAAAAAUUUAUAAAAGAUACGCUGAUCGUACCAGGAAAUUUUCUAUCGGUUAUGCAGUCUGGUGUCACGCUUCAUUUUCACUAUACAUUAUUGGACCUUUCCUUAAUCACACAGAGGAACGACCAUUUCCAGGGCAUACAAAAUAUCCCUUAGACGAAGACAAAUAUUAUUGGUUCAUCGUAUCUCAUCAGUCGAUAUGUACUUUUACCGUUUCCGCCAUCACUGCUGCCGUCGAUGCACUUUUUGUCAUGCUCGUUCAUCACAUAUGCGCCAAAUUUGCAGUACUUGGAUAUAACCUCGAGAAAAUCGGCGAGGAUCUAUCAGAAAGUCCAUCGGCGCAAGACGAGCUGGAAACGUAUAAAAAAAUUGUGAACUGCGUAAAAAAACACAAGGAAGCUAUAGGUUUCGCUGAUUCAAUGGAGUCAGCAUUUUCUAUACCAACGUUCAUCAAUCUUACGAUGAACAUGAUAGUAAUGAGUACUUCCGGUUUUGUAAUGCUAGCCAACGUCCAUUCGAUACCAAAUCUAGUAAAAUACAUAGGAUUGUCAGUCACCCUAACCGUUCAUCUUUUCUUCAUGAGUUGGCCAGCCCAGGAGAUGAUGGACCACAGUGCAGAAAUUUGCGAAUUCGCGUAUUUCGCAUCAUGGUAUCGCACAUCGCAAAGAUCUAAAAAUUUAUUGAAGUUCCUGAUGAUGAGGAGUCAAGUUCCUUGCAAGUUGACAACAGGAAAGCUCUACGUCAUGUCCUUGGAAAAUUUUUGCGCGGUAAGGAUACGGACGCAAUGGACACCCACCAGGUACCAACUACUUGCCGGUCGCACCAACCAAACCAACAGGUUUUCUCAACCUUUCAGGUCCUGAAGACGUCCAUGUCCUAUUUUACAGUAUUAAAGUCCUUGAGAGACUAGAAGAUCUGUGUAACCAAAAAG